AUGUGGAACGCUAUUAAAAAUUUAGCUGAAGACACAAUGAAAAAAAUCAAAGUUUGGAUAGAACAAGUGAAAGUUAAGGCUGAUCGAAUACUUCAAGAGUUUGAAAAACGAUUAAGAGAAUUGAAAUCGAAAGCCAUCGCCAUAAUUCAAAAUAUGUUUGGUGAUAACGGGAUUGUGAAAAAAUGUAUACAGAAACAAAAUGAAAAAAUAGAUUCAAUUUUGAAGCGAAUUCUCAGUGGGAUCAAUUCAUGCAUCUCUGAUAAAAUUAAUCAACUGCAAAAACAAACAAAUUAUCAAAUUAUCUUAGAUGACACCGAUAUUAUGCUCAAAAUAGAGGCAAAACUUAAUAAAUGUCAAGAAAAAAAAGAGGAACCUGAAAACUGCCUUCUUGGUGUCAGAAAAGAAAUAGCUGAAGAAACGAACGAAAUGGAAAACGAGAUAUUAAAACGAAGAGUAGAAUCAAGAAAUAUAAUAGAUGACAUUUUAGAUGCAAUAGUAUCAUGCUCCACACAAGGUCUCAUAGAAGCAUCAUCAAAUGUUACUAAUGUCACUCUAGAAAUAAUUAAUUGUAUUGUAGAGAGUUAA